AUGUCUCCCCAGCAGCCAGCAGUUUUAGAGAAAAAACCAAUCUCCUUUUCGAACAUCCUCUUGGGUGCCGGUCUAAAUCUGUCCGAGGUGACCACCUUGGGGCAACCACUGGAGGUUGUCAAGACCACUAUGGCAGCUCACAGAAAUCUAUCGUUCGUAAGUGCCAUUAAGCACGUCUGGUCACGUGGUGGAAUCUUUGGGUUCUACCAGGGUCUAAUUCCAUGGGCAUGGAUCGAGGCCUCCACCAAGGGUGCUGUCUUGCUGUUCGUCUCUGCUGAGGCUGAAUAUCAAUUCAAAGUUCUUGGUUUAAAUAAUUUCACUGCCGGUAUCAUGGGUGGUGUCACCGGUGGUGUCGCUCAAGCUUAUUUGACUAUGGGUUUCUGUACCUGUAUGAAAACGGUGGAAAUUACCAAGCAUAAGGCUGCUUCAGCCGGUGGUGUACCUCAAUCUUCUUGGGGCGCCUUUAAGGAUAUCUAUCACAAGGAAGGUAUUAGAGGUAUCAACAAAGGUGUCAAUGCGGUUGCCAUCAGACAAAUGACAAACUGGGGUUCUCGUUUUGGUUUGUCCAGAUUGGUGGAAGAGGGAAUCAGAAAAGUUACAGGCAAGACUAACCCAGAGGAUCGUUUAAGCGCUUUGGAAAAGAUCGCAGCAUCUGCAGUAGGUGGUGGUUUGAGUGCAUGGAAUCAACCUAUUGAAGUCAUUAGAGUUGAAAUGCAAUCUAAGAAGGAAGAUCCAAACAGACCAAAGAACUUGACUGUCGGGAAAGCUUUCAAAUACAUUUACCAGAGUAACGGUAUCAAAGGUUUGUACCGUGGUGUGACCCCAAGAAUCGGUCUAGGUGUUUGGCAAACCGUUUUCAUGGUCGGAUUUGGUGAUAUGGCCAGAGAAUUCAUCGGUAAAUUGACCGGUGAAAAGCCAGCUGCUAAGCAUUGA